UUCAAAUUGUUAUAAUUAAAGAUUUACUGAAAAAUGCUAACUUUCAUUAGCCGGUUUAUAGCAUUUCACAUUACAUGUUAGUAUUCGGCUAACAGAUGUUUUCCUACAAACAUUUUUGUCAGUUAAAUCAAAAAUAUGUCCGUCUUACAGUAAACUGAUUCACAAAUAAGCAGCUCUGUACACAAGGAAACAAUGGAAGCGUUGUAGGCGGAGCUAAUGGACAGCUAACCACUUAACAGUGCCACAACAUGCUAACCAGCACUCAAAUUUACCGUGUAAUACAUGCGUUGUAGUUUCCGUCAGCGCGAAAAUUUCUUUUAAACUGUUUAAAGAUUUACCGAAACAUGCUAAUUUCCUGUUCACAGCAUUUCACAUUACAUGUUAGCAUUACGCUAACAGAUGUUUUCUUAUAAACAUUUUUGUCAUUUAACUCUAAAAUGAGUCUGUCUAACAGAAAACUGAUUUACAAAUAAGCAGCUCUGUACACAAACGAACAAAACAAUCGAAGCGUCCUUGGCAGAGGUAAUGGACCGCUAAUCUUCGGAGGCGAGUAGACGCACGCCGCCCUCGCCGAUUAAACCCGUAGCAGUCUCGGCUAAUCUGAUGCAACACACACACACACGGGUGCGUCUUCUGCGCCAGAGAGUGAGUCUGCGGAGGGCGGGGUUGUGUGUUGCUAUGGCGAUGAAAGGUCCUUCCAAGCAGCUGGUGAUUGGCUGACUCUGCACAGCACCAUUUUUCCAUUCUUAACAACCCACACCCAGGAGAUCCAAUCACCAGACGCAUUCCACGCUGCUGUACUGCGCCUCCUCUGGAGCUUCUCGUGGCUUGCGGACCAGCGGAGCAGAUGGUUCAGACCGGAAGCUUGUCGUCAGCAGUUCACUGGUAAUUGUUGUUACUACGUUCAGACUUGAACAGCAGAAACCGCUACUAAGAUGCUCUUCAACUGCUGAGUUCAAGCAUCUCCUCCACCCGCCAUGAAGUCAGACGCUCUGACGACCGCUCACAAAUCAGGAGACGGACAGACUUCCAAAGCGAAUACCGCCAGAAAACCCGGAGAACGGAGCACGGCGACAAAACCGAAGGCGACGUCAACUGGGGCGCCGGUUUUAAACGGUGCCGCGGGGGCUAGGAGGGAUGUCGCCGGUCCGGCUCGAUCUCGCGUGGUGAAGGAAACUGAUAAGAAGGUUAAUCCAGGGAGCAGAUUGAAGACCUCCCCUCCUAGCUGCACAUCCAGAGCUCUAAAGGGCCCCACGCAACAGGCCAGUUCAGCCGCAUCGGCAGAAAACGGCGGCAAGAGCCAUCAUGUUGUGAACCCAUCCAUUCCAGGAACAAAACCCAAACAGCCAUUGAACAAAUCCACGCUGACUAAAUCGGAUCCAACAAAGCAGACUAGCGGCAGUCCUGCCAGCAGGUCCAAGGCGAAAGAAGCCAUUAAAGUCAAGCCUGGAGCAGCAGAGGGCGCUGUGGCUGGAACGGGGAGAGCCAGAGGAGACACCAAAGGAAAAGGACUGCAAGAAAACCAUGCCGUCAAGCAUGGAGCUCCUGUAAAAAAGCAGGUUUUGCCCAGAAAAGAUUUAGACAGCAUCAAAUCUGCACCUACCAAACCAAAUGGAGAAACAACCAAAAAGAACAUAACCGGAGCCUCAGCUAAAUGUGCUAACAAACCAACCAAAGUGUCUGUGCCGUCUAAGCAACCGUCAAAGUCUUCACCAAAGGCUAAAAGUACGACAGAAUAUGAGAUAGCCUCAACAAAAUCCAGAACAAGCAGAAAUGGAAAAGGACCCGAAACAAAGGAAAAUGCUAAAAGUUUAGACUGUAAAACUGAACAAGAGACGAGUGUUAGCGUAGCACCUUCGAGCCAAGACCAAGAUUCUGUUAGCUCCCAUCUGGAGACAACUUUGUCUACAUCUGAUGUACAAAAGACUGAAAAACAGUCCGCAAAUGAAGCAGCUAAACCCAGUCUUUCGUCGCAAACUGUUAGAUCUGUCACCGCGGUUAAAAAAUCUGAAAGUCUCACCGGUGUCGGAUCUCCGAGCACCCCCGUAGACACUCCCUGCAGCGUAGGAAGCACCGGCACUCCGUUGGAAGACUCCUGGAGUGGGAUUCACCCGCAGAUCAGUCCCGCGUCCGAAACGGGCAGCACUCACUCCACCUCCUCGGAUGACAUCAAGCCCCGCUCCGAGGACUACGACGCAGGGGGCUCGCAGGACGACGACUGCUACAACGAACGAGGCGUUUCCAAAUGUGGCACCAUGCGCUGCCACGACUUCCUGGGGCGCAGUAGCAGCGACACCAGCACGCCCGAGGAGUUCAAGAUGUAUGAGACAGGCGCGGGGCUGAGGGUAGAGGUUCGUUUGCGAGGGCGGGAGGCAGAGACGACCAGCGAGGAAGAGGUAGCGAGGCGGCGUCCUCGCUCAUGGUUGCAGAAGGAAGAGCAUUCAGGAGGCGUCGUGACAGCGGAAACUGUCUCUGAGAAUCAGACAUCUGAGGAGGAGGAUGACAACGAGGAGACCGAAGAAGAGAGGUCCGAAGUGGAGGUGGUCCCCAGUCAAGCUCCAACCGAUCACUCGCCUCCGUUUCAAGGGAUCGUCAACCUAGCGUUCGACGACGACGGAGGGGACCGAGAGAGCGAGCAGCCGGACUUUCAGUCCGCAUCCAACUUUCGCCGAUCCGUUCUGCUCUCCGUGGACGAGUGCGAGGAGCUCGGUUCUGAGGAAGGCGGACCCCAGACACCUCAAGACCCUGACGACGCGGCUACUCCCUGCGAUGUUUUCGAGUCGGACUCCGUCACUCCGCAAUCUCACUGCGCCCGGUCGCCCAAUCCGUGCGAACAUUCAGGUACAGAUCAAGAAAAGCCCGAGGAGCUCCGGGAAGAGACGUGUGCCGGCACCGAAGCCGCCGCAGACCCCCCGCCCCAAGAGCGUCCGUGUCACCUGGACCUCCGGCAACCGUACGCCAACGGAAUCAAGAAGGCCGACUUACACCUAGACUUAAAUGAGCCACACAUGACGGGGGACUCUCCCGUACGUGCUGCACAAUCUCCAGCAGGCGACAUUGCUUGUGACAGAUUGGAUCUAGGCGGCGGCAACCGCCAGCGGACGCCGUCCAACAAAGCCCUCUCCCCUAUUUACGAGACGGACACAGGCGACACGUUUGCGCGCCGCUCGGACAGAUCGGGACAAGGGAACAAUGAGGACAAACGCAGCGAGUUUGCAGAGCGGGACUGGAACCUGCUUCGGCAGCUCCUCUCGGACCAGGAGUCCAAUUUGGGUGUGAUCAACCCGGUGCCGGAGGAGCUGAACUUGGCGCAGUACCUCAUCAAGCAGACGCUGUCGUUGUCACGGGACUGCCUGGACACCAGGGCCUUCCUGUCCCCGGAGAGGGAGACCUUCAAGCGGUGGGCGGAACUCAUAUCGCCCAUGGAGGACUCGUCCACCAGCAUUACGGUGACCAGUUUCUCCCCGGAAGACGCCGCCUCGCCACAAGGGGAGUGGACCAUUGUGGAACUGGAAACGCAUCACUGACCUGCAACGCGCAGAAGAAACAUACUACAUUUUAGUCCUAAUUUAUUCAAAAUCAUGCUUUUUUUAUUACCCUCUGGUCUGUUAUGCCUGCUGGUAUUUACUUCACAUUACAUCCAUAGCAAAAAAGUUCUAAUUUUGUGGUCUCCAACCACUAGGCCACAUGGAAACUACAAAUAUAUUUUAAUCGUUACAGAAAUGGGCACCUCUCGUCUUGAUCAUACUGUUUUAAUGGAUUCUUAAGAAGAAAACUUGUC